AUGACCACCAACGAGCAGCGUCGCGAGCGUCGACCGUCCGUCGGCGUGCCCAUUGCUGACCUCCAAGGCCCCAUCGGUCCAGGCUUCAGUCGCCCCAAGCACAAGCGCACCUUCACCGGGUUUGGUCCCGGAGAGAUCAAGCACGUGGAAGCGAGCAUUCCGGAAUCCCUACGCGAGGCUGCCGCGUACUCCGGAACUGCACUCGCGUUUCGAGACCGAUUGAUCAUCGAAUGGAAUAAGACGCAACAGCGCCAGACCUUUAAUGACCAGAAAAGAUUCCUGAUGGGGCGUGCGCUGGAUAAUGCUAUGUUGAAUGUGGGCUUGAAAGAUGCAGCUCGAGACGGCUUGAAGGAUCUCGGUUUCCGCAUCGAGGAUGUCAUCGGCCAAGAACAUGACGCUGCACUGGGCAACGGUGGCCUUGGGCGCCUGGCGGCCUGCUUUCUGGAUAGCAUGGCGACCCUCAACUACCCUGCCUGGGGAUACGGACUGCGAUAUCGGUACGGCAUUUUCAAACAGGAGAUAGUAAAUGGCUACCAGAUGGAGAUCCCGGACUACUGGCUCGAUAACAAUCCCUGGGAAUUCCCGCGCCAUGAGAUCACCGUUGAUAUCCAGUUCUAUGGCUGUGUUCGCAAAUACCAAGAUGAAAAUGGUAAGCUCAUGCAUUCAUGGGAAGACGGAGAGAUUGUUCAAGCCGUGGCAUACGACGUUCCCAUUCCCGGAUAUGGUACGAAGACCACCAACAAUCUCCGCUUAUGGUCCAGCAAGGCCAGCAGCGGCGAGUUUGACUUCCAGAAGUUCAACGCCGGAGAUUACGAAAGUGCUGUGGCCGAUCAGCAGAGAGCGGAGACCAUCUCAGCCGUUCUCUACCCGAAUGAUAACUUGGAGCGCGGCAAGGAGCUUCGGCUGAAGCAGCAGUACUUUUGGUGUGCCGCCUCGCUGUACGAUAUUGUCCGGCGGUUCAAGAAGACCAAGAGGGCCUGGAGCGAGUUCCCGGACCAGGUGGCAAUCCAGCUCAACGACACACACCCAACGCUUGCCAUUGUUGAGCUGCAGCGAAUCCUGAUAGACAAAGAAGGUCUCGAGUGGGAUGAGGCAUGGAACAUCGUGACCAAAAGUUUUGGCUACACCAACCACACCGUGCUGCCCGAGGCGCUGGAGAAAUGGUCUGUCCCGUUACUGCAGAAUCUGCUACCUCGCCAUCUGCAAAUUAUCUACGAUGUAAACUUGUUCUUCUUGCAGAUAGUUGAGAAGCGAUUUCCCAACGACCGAGAAAUGCUAUCACGAGUGUCAAUUAUCGAAGAGUCGCAUCCGAAGAUGGUCCGCAUGGCGCAUCUGGCCAUUAUCGGGUCCCACAAGGUCAACGGUGUUGCAGAGUUGCACUCGGAUCUGAUCAAGACUACGAUCUUCAAAGAUUUUGUGGAGAUCUAUGGACCAGACCGGUUCACCAACGUAACGAACGGCAUUACGCCUAGGCGCUGGCUGCACCAAGCCAACCCGCGACUGUCCGCUCUGAUUGCAGAAAAGUUAGGUGGCUACGAAUUUUUGACCGACCUGACGCUUCUGGACAAGCUCGAGGCUUUUGUUGAUGACAAGAACUUCCGGACAGAGUGGGCGGAGAUCAAGUCAGCGAACAAGCUGCGUCUGGCCCGGUAUAUCAAGGAAACGACCGGAUUUAGCGUGAGCCCUGACGCACUGUUUGAUGUGCAGGUGAAGCGGAUUCAUGAGUACAAGCGACAGCAGCUGAAUAUCUUCGGAGUGAUUCAUCGGUACCUCACCAUCAAGGCCAUGUCGGCCGAGGAGCGAAAGAAAGUUGUGCCCAGGGUCUCGAUCUUCGGUGGUAAGGCCGCGCCGGGCUACUGGAUGGCAAAGACAAUCAUCCACCUCAUCAACAAGGUUUCGUUUGUGGUCAACAAUGACGCGGAGGUUGGUGAUCUGCUGAAGGUCAUCUUCAUUGAGGACUACAACGUCAGCAAAGCCGAGAUGAUCUGUCCAGCCUCGGAUAUCAGCGAGCACAUCUCGACAGCGGGAACAGAGGCGAGCGGAACGAGCAACAUGAAGUUCGUACUGAACGGGGGACUAAUUAUCGGAACGUGUGAUGGUGCCAACAUCGAAAUCACUCGCGAAAUCGGCGAACAAAACAUCUUCCUCUUCGGCACCCUAGCUGAAGACGUCGAGGACCUGCGCCACCGACACGUCUAUGGCAAGACAUUCCAGAUCGACCCACAGCUCGCCAAGGUCUUCGAGGCCAUCAAGGGCAACAUGUUCGGCGACGCGGGCGACUUCUCUGCCCUUACAGCAUCCAUCGAGGAACACGGCGACUUUUAUCUCGUAUCUGACGAUUUCCACUCGUACGUUACCACGCACGAGAUGGUAGAUGAGGCCUUCCAGAACCAGGAGGAGUGGCUGGCUAAGUCGAUUACGAGUGUUGCGCGCAUGGGCUUCUUUUCUACAGACCGUGUGAUCAAUGAGUAUGCAGAUAGCAUUUGGAACGUAGAGCCGCUGGAAGUUAAAGAUUAG